AUGAGUGAGUUCAAACCAUUCCUGUGCAACAAUAUAGACAAGUCUCUAUUGCGCAGCGAGUGGGAAAAAUGGUUCCGUUCUUUGUCCUUAUACCUUCAGUGCGAAGAUAUAAACGACGCUGUUAAACGAAGAAACAAAUUAUUGCAUUUAGGUGGGCCCCAAUUACAAGAGGUCAUAUUUAACAUUCUCGGCGCUGUUGUGGAUGUUGAUGAAAUAAAUAAGAACGAUGUCUACAAUAUUUCAGUGGGAAAAUUAAACGAAUUCUUUUCACCUAAACGUAACUCUACGUUUGAGAGACAUUUAUUUAGGAACCUCUCGCCUUUGGAAGGAGAAGAUUUUAAUACAUUUUUGCUUCGCCUUCGGCAAUGCGAGUAUGGGUCAACAAAGGCAGAAAUCGAAAGCAACUGUUUGAAAGAUAAGCUAAUUGAUUCUUGGGCGUCCAUCGAUCUUAAGAAAAAGCUUCUUGAAAAAGAGCAAAGUCUUGAUGAAGUUAUAUCAGCUUGGCAGAUACACGAACAAAUUAAUAAACAAUCGCAAAGUAUGACUGCGAAGACUAACAGCGAAGUUGUGAAUAAAAUCACCGCGAAACAUCAGCCAGUCAAGGGAAAUGUUAAUGAAUGUGAAAGAUGUGGUAAAUACGGGCACAUGCAAUCUGAUGUAAAUUGUCCGGCGCGAAAGUCUAAAUGCAACAAGUGUGGCCUUAUUGGUCAUUUCGCCAGAAAGUGCAAAACAAAGGCUCAAAAACGAAAAGCGGUUGAACGCGACCGGGGCAGUCCCAAAAAGCGACGUUUUCAAUCUUCCAACAUUAGGCACAUCGAAGAAGAAAAUCAAAUCGAAGAUAAGUAUUGCAAUCAUAAUUGUUUCAAAGUAAAUUGUAACGGGUUGGGAGAUGAGGUAUAA